GUGGGGAGCAGGCUUUCAGACUGUCAGAGGUUUCCCAGACGGUUUCCCCUCCUGCCAUAUGGACAGCUCUCCUCUCCUGGCAGCCUGGCAGCUCAGGUGUGGCAGCUGAGGCUGCACAGCCCAUCUGGCUCCUUUUCGUUUUUCCCCAAGCCCCUCCUUCAACCCCCAAUAUCAUUCUCUUCUUUAUCACAUAUUCCCUAGUCUCCUCAGCUCUCUUGCUGGGUCUUCACUCCUUAUCAGGUCACAGGCUCUUUCACCAACUCAAUAACCGUUGUUUGGGAAGAAAGCUCAUAAGAUCAAGUGAGAGAAGCUGACCACUUAGAGCAAAGGAGAAUUUCUUGAAUAAAUACGUCAGUGCUCCCCCCUUUCUUGUCAGCAUAGAAAUCUUGCCACAUUUUCCAGUCAGUUUGAAUAAGGAGGGAGAGCUGAUGAACACGUUGGGGGAACACGCCUAAACUCAGUUGCUUACACAACGGUGAUUAUCGCCAAAACAGAGGCGGCCAGAGUUACUGUACCCCUCCGAUGCCUCAAAGGCAGCAUGAUGGGGCUGGAGAAUGAGAAGUGGGGGCAGAGGAAAAGGGUGCAGGGCCCGUUAUUACGAAACAUUUUUGUUUCUAGUAUGGAAAGAACGUUAAUUCACAGAACCCGCUUCUUUGCCCGCCAACCCCCUCGCCUCCUGCGGCUCUCCAGCCCUCCGCGCCCGCCGCAGCUCAGACCCGCCACUGCUCGCGGCAAAGCUUGGCGCUUCGGAGCGCGCCUCCGCGGACAAAGAGCUGGAGGCUGCGGGGCGGGGCCGUGGCCGGGAGGGAGGGAGGACCCAGGCGCGCGCAGAGGGAAUCCCUCCCGGAGUCUGACGUCACCGCAGUUCUGGCCAAUGAGAAGUCGGGUAGGGGAAUUCCCGCUCCGGCGGCCGCCCAGCAGGCUUUUUAAACGGUACUCUGGGGACCAAGCUCUAAGAGAGGUGGGAGGAGUGGGAGGAAAAUGGAGGUUAGGAGUGAAAUAUGAUCGUCCUAGGGGACAAGACUCCAGAGAUUUGACGAUUAAGGGUCAAGACUGGCUUAGACUUGGGGUUUGACGAUUAAGCGUCAAGACUGGCUUAUUCUUGGGGGACAAAACCAAAAGCGGUCGAGGAGAGGCUACACUCGAGCCAGUAGGACAAACGCCUCCAGAGAUGGAGUGGAAACUGGAGCGCGCCGCCCGGAGGAGGGUCCGCACUGAAGAAGAGAUUCUGUGGGAGGAUGUCAUGCGGGUGCUCGACAAAGACAUGAAGCAGAGGAGAGGUCAAGUUUCUCCCAAGGUAUUUAAUGUAGUUAACACUACAUACUCUAACUUCACCAGCAACUUGGCAAAGAGACUAUCAGCUGAAGCUCCUGUUGCCAGUAGCCCGAUUACCACAAGAUGGCGGCAGAGCCAAGCUGGGGAUGUGACAGGCCUUUCCUUUGGGGAAGAGCAUUCAACUGCUGACCUCCCAGAAACUGUGCUGAAGAUGACUCCUGAGAAAGAGACCUUGACUCCAGGAUCCUACAAGGAACCACUAAAGACCCCCAACAAAGGAAGUUCUGGAACAAAUAACUCUGCUUUCCAGUUUGGCAAGGCCCCUCAUGCACUGAACAGAGGCUGGAAGGAUAAAGUUGCUUCAAAAGAUCUGAAAUGCUUAAAUCAGCUACUUUCAACCCAGAAUGUGGCUCAGCAGGUUAAUGGGAGCAUGCAGUUCUGUGAGCGAUCCCAAUGCACUUGGAAAGGCUGCAGAGAUGGAGUCAGAGAUGGAUACUUCCAAAGAUUCAGUGAUACAAACUAUUCUAUACUCCAACCAGAGGUGAAGAUUCAUCUUACAGGACUUCCAAAUGACUAUUAUCUGAAUAUCCUGGACUGGAAUUUUCAAAAUCUUAUUGCCAUAGCCCUUGGAUCUUCUGUAUACAUCUGGAAUGGGGAUAAUCACAACAGAAUUGAAAAUAUGUACUUCAGUCUCCCUUGUAAAUACGUGUCUUCUGUGUCCUGGAUGACAGAGGGGACCUGCCUGGCCGUUGGUACCAGCGAGGGAGAAAUACAAGUACUGGGCAGCGUUUCUGUCUCACAGCGUGUUCUCUAUAGUGGCGGGAUAACCAAGUUAUGGGAUGUGGUCACUAAAAAGCGACUGAGAAAUAUGCUUGGCCAUUUGUCAGUAGUUGGGGCUCUAAGCUGGAAUCACUAUAUCCUCAGCAGUGGAUCGAGACUGGGCCGUGUUUACCAUCACGACGUUCGGGUAGCCCAACACCAUGUUGGAACUCUUCAACACAAACAAGCUGUGUGUGGUGUGAAGUGGGCGCCUGGUGGCAGGCUGCUUUCCAGUGGCUGUAGUGAUGGACUGCUAACUAUAUGGCCCUAUGAUCCAGGUGCAAAUGCACAGGGUCCCCCAGUAAAAGUCAUACAUCAAUCUACAGCAGUCAAGGCCAUUGAUUGGUGUCCCUGGCAGACUGAAGUCCUCGCUGUUGGAGGAGGAAUGAAGGAUGGACGCUUACACAUCCUGGACAUAAAUACUGGGCAGAGCAUCCAGACCCCAAGCACAGACUCACAGAUUUGUUCCCUAACCUGGCUACCUAAGACAAAGGAGAUCGCAACUGGCCAAGGUUCUCCCAAGAAUGAUGUGACUGUGUGGACCUGUCCUGGUCUGGCCAGGUCAUGUGGAUUUUUUGACCACCGAGGCCGAGUGCUACACCUGGCUUUGAGUCCAGACCAGACGCGAGUCUUUUCUGCUGCAGCGGAUGGCACAGCCUGCAUAUGGAAUUGCUGCUAGUCACUCAGCCCCUCCCGGCUUCAGCUUCCUCAUUUUGACACAAGAAUAAUGAUAUUGGCCUUGCCUUCUCCACGGCAUUGUCAUGAGGCUCAAACAAGAUGGUGCUUUUCCUGAGAUUAAGAUCAAGAUCUAUGAGUAAAUCAUCCAGAUCAAGAUGGGAACAUUUCUUUUACCCCAGAAGAUUCUUUGUGUCACUUAGUCAACACCCCUCCAUUAUUUCAACCUUGGCUACCAUGAAUUAGUUUUUUUUUCUGCCAAUCUUCAGAUAAAUGUAAUAAUACAGUAAAUAUUCUUUUAUGUGGAGUCUGGUUUCUUUUACUCAACAUUAAAUUUGUGGGAGUAGUUACUGUUGCUGCAUGUAACUAUAGUUUGGUCUUUUAAUUGCUGUAUAAUAUCCCAUUGUAUAUACAACAGUUGUUUUUCUAUUAUAGAUGGACAUUUAUUUUUAAUUUUAACUUUCAAGGAUAAAGUUGCUAUGGACAUUCUCAAACACGUAUAUGGUGGGGAAAAGCCCUCAUUUCUGUUUGGUCUAUACGCAAGAGUAAGAAUUGUUAAGUCAUAGCAUAUGUGUUUAUUCAGUUUUAAUAGACAUUGUCACUUUUCCUAAGAAACUCUACCAAUUUACACUUCCACCAGCAAUGAACAAGAGUUUCACACAACUAUUUUUAAGCAAACUUCAGAAUCUGUAAUAAACGUUGCCAGUAGAGAAUAUUC